AUGAAUACAUCAAUGUUAUCAGUGUUAUUUCUACUUUUACUGGAACUGCUAAAUGCGAAUUGGAGAUGUUCAAAUGAUUCGUUAUUAGGUUCGGCAUUUCAACGAUGUUAUUAUUUUCUGCUUAAACCUACAACACAUUAUAAUUCUCAACGAUUUUGCGAGAAAUAUGAUGCAAAAAUGUUAAUCGCCGAUUCUGAAGAUGAAGCUGAAUUUGUUACUGAAAUUUUGAAAUUGGUUUUUGAAAAUCGAGCAAAUGUCAGUGGAAUAUGGAUAGGAAGUCGAUUCAUUGAUGAUGAAUUUAGAGUAAUUGAUGAACUUCGAGCCUUGCCGUUUGAUAAUUGGGAUAAAGAUAAUUUUUCUAAAUACGAAAAUUGUGACAUUUACAAACCGACUGUAUGUACUUCAAGUGCUAUGAUAUGCAAUAAGCAUCCAGUUCCAUUUAAUCCAUAUAUUGACCAUGGAUAUCGCACAGCUAUAAAACCAAAAAGCGACAACAUUGCCAACAUUAUAAAAUGUGGAAUUGACGAAGUAUACAUCGAUCUACUCGGUAGUUGCUUCAGAUUUGUUGAUCAACCGAAAAUGUUUUUUGAUGCAUUCAAGUUUUGCGAAGAAAUUGGUGGUACAAUGCUAAAAAUCGAUUCGCAACUCAAAGGAAUUGUCUUUAGUAAGCGUCGUCUUCGCUGGUUAGGGCACGUUCUCCUUCGUCCACCACAGGAAUUGACGCAUAUUUCGUUACUUGCUAAACCCUGUGACGGUCAAAAGCAAAGAGGGCCAAUUAAGACCUGGAAUGAUGCAAUCAGGAAGGAUUUUGAACGUAUAGGAGGACCAGCGAUAUAUGGACUUAGACGAUGGAAAAAGGAAUGGUUUCUAUUACUACUAGCGAUGGCGUCGAAUCGGGCAGCUUGGAGACAUCUUACUCUUGUAGCCAACCUAACCAGUAAUGAAAUAGCAGAUAAUCUAUUCCCACAAAAUACUACAAAAUACUGGUUAGGUGGAACACGUCUACUCGGUCGGUGGCAAUGGUUUGAUGAAAGCAAGAUUACUAAUGCCAAAUGGAGCCAAGGCUUUCCACGAAAUGGUUUCAAUGAACAAUGUUUAGCAUCUGAUCGAAAAGGAGAAUGGUCGAGCACAAACUGUUACACAACAAUGCUGCCAUACGUCUGCACAAAAAGUACAUUAGAUAUGAAAUGUUAA